UCGCCUAGUGAACCGAACUAAUCUGCUUUCCCUGAGCCUGACGCCUGAAGCUUUUGAACCUUAGACUUCAACCACAGGCACUGGCUCACUACCUCGAACUAGCUCACAGGCUUAACUUUCCCUGCUACGUACGAGACAGGAGACGAGACUGGGCCGACUGCUUUACCUAAGGCUCAAGGGAAGUGGGAAGAGGGUGUUUAGUAGUGAGGUAAGGCCAUAGCUAAUCUUUUGGUCUUAUACCGUAUCUACGAAUCAAAGACGAUUCUCAGCAUCAAUGCACUAACUCCUAGAAGCUCCAUUCAUGCCCACCUGGAUGUGAAAGCGAUAGACAUUCAAUCAAUGCUUUCGGGAAGCCUGGCUCUCCUUAUAGUUGUCUGGUGGCUGGGAGCUUUAGAAGACCACUAGGUUAUCGAAUAACUGAUUGGCAGAAUAUGACUCUUCCCAACUAAAGUCAAGCGAAGCAUAAUGAGGAAGAAGGGGAAUCACUACUUUCGAAAGGCUAAGUUCUUUACUUCUCGGGGCUUCUCUUUUAUUCUUGCUUAUCGCCAACUUUCCAAGCGUAGUCUGUAGUAGGGAGGGCCAUUCUCGCAAGAAGUAGCAUACUCAUGUUGCCUGCUUCCUAUCCUUUCUCAUAUCGAGACUCUAAGGCAAAUACUUCUCUUAAACUUAAAAGAGAAGCUUAUGAAGUUUAAUCACUUUCUGGUAGUAGGAGGGAGAAAGAAAAGUUCUUGGUAGCUACUGAUUCCAUUGCCGGAUCAACUUUCCGGGGUUCCACUAUAAGGAUAAAGAACUGGGCUAAGGUAGCUAAGAAGGUGGGCUUUACAGCGCUUGUCGUGGGUAACCGGGAAUGAUCGAAUAGAUUGUGCAGCUUGUAAAUGAUGCUUGCUUCCCCUUCUAGUAGCAAAAAUAGGCCUUGCCUUAACCGAUAUUCCAUUCAGCAAGCAAAGAAGCUAAAAAUCAAAGGCCGUAGUAAGAAGGUAAACCGAACCAUCGAAACCAUUUUAACAAGACUGAACGCUUUCACAAGUCCUACUGCCAAGGUGGCCAAUCUCAAGUACAAGCCAAGUCAAGCCAAAAAAGGAUGAAAUAGCCGUUCCUAUUCCGAAUCCAAGACCUGUUUGUUAUGCCGAAUCUUCCCCGAACUACUUCUUUAGUUCGUCUUAUAUCCUUCGUCCCUUCUCCUGGAAAGAUCAGAUCAGGAAUACCUUUUUCUACGGUUCUGUGAUCAGAGGGCCUUCUAUUCCAUCCUGGUUAGUAAAGCAAGGUACGAAGC